AUGAGCUCAGCUACGCCUCCAUGUACUCCAGCCGAGAACGAGUACGGAGUGCUCCAUUCAAGAAAUAUAAAACAUGUCGAGUUUGGUCAAUUUACAAUCGACACAUGGUACGGUAACGGGGCGUAUUUCGCCAGUGCAAGGAACGGUCAGCUCGGAACAGAAACCACCUCAGUUCCUCGCAAAAAAGACGGCCUGCCGUCUGUAUCUGGGUUUUGGCUUGAUACUCUUUACGUUUGCGAUUUCUGCUUCAAGUAUACCUCGGACAAAAGCAAGUUGUCGCUCCAUAUGUCGAGCUGUCCGCUAAAUCAAGAAUUCCCGCCAAUAGGCACAUUAGUAUACGCAGAUGUGAAGGGUAAACGACUCAUAAAGAAGGUGCGAGGUUUCCGCCACGAACUAUUUUGUCAAAACUUAUCCCUUUUCGGAAAACUCUUCUUGGACGAUAAGUCUGUGUACUACAACGUCGAGUCCUACGACUUCUACAUUGUUUACGGCGCCAGCAAGAUGCACGCAGCCGAGAACAAGCUAGAUGACCGAACAGUCUAUCGCCCAAUGGGAUUUUUCAGCAAGGAAAUCACCGCAUGGGAGCCCGACAACAACCUAGCAUGCAUCUGCAUUUUUCCUCCAUACCAGCGUCUACAUCUUGGCUCUCUACUAAUAGAAUUUCUGUACGCAGCCGCGGAAGCUGCAGGACAACAACCCCUGGGUCCAGAGUUUCCACUCUCGCCCUACGGGAAACAAUUGUAUCUACGGUAUUGGGGUAAACGUAUUGCCUUUGAGCUCUUCAAUUCGUUUGAGAACUGUGAUCUAAUCACUCUUGGAGACCUAGCUGUUCUAACCGGCUUCCGCCGUGAAGAUCUUUUUUUUGCACUUGAACAUAUGGGGGUUCUUUACACAGCAGACACCUCUGGGUCGCCGCCGGCAGAAGCCGUUGGUGAACAGAACCCCACAGAUGAACCAGAGAAAGUUGCCAGCAGAUCCAAAGGCAAAUUUUUCUAUCUCCCCUUUUCGCGACUACAAAGACUCGAUAAUCGAGCCCUGAGAUCUAAGUCUUUGACUACGCCAGAGUUCACGUAUCGAAUUCUGCUUCGUGCUCUCAUGGACUGGUGCGAGAAAAAUAAAGUAAGCACUGAAAUACUUUCCACGAUGCUUGAUCCUUCGUGUCUUCUCGUUUGA